GGGAGCGGUGCUCGGCAGUGCCAUAGCUGGAACCAUUGAACAGCUUUUCUUUUUCUUCGUUUCCGUCUCUUCCUCUCGCCUUGGCUUGCACCCCCCGAUAACAAGCCGCAACCGCACAGGCACGCUCCCAGUCACAAUGCAGCCGCUCAAUGUCUUGAUGGUCGGUACCGGCGAGUACACCACCGGCUUCGUCGGUGGUGGCGCUUCCGGCUCAGACAAGAAAGUUGGUGUGGUGGGAUUGACCUUGUUUGACCUCCGGCGCAGAGGGAAGGUUGGCAAGCUCUCCAUGGUUGGCGUCAAUGGGACAAAGUUUCCCGCAAUCAGGGAACACCUCUACAAGAACAUCACACUGGCUUAUAACAACCUGGACACUUCGUUUGAAUCGUACCCUGCCGACGAUGCGAAGGAUCCCGAGGCAUACAAGACGGCGAUUGACGCGCUCUCGCCUGGCGAUGCCAUCACCAUCUUCACGCCCGACACCACACAUUACCCGAUCGCCCUCUACGCCAUUGAGCGGGGCAUCCAUGUCAUGAUCACCAAGCCGGCGGUGAAGCUCCUCGAACAUCACAUCGCUCUCCUCGAAGCGGCGGAGAAACACGGUGUCUUUGUGUACAUUGAGCAUCACAAGCGCUUCGACCCCGCCUACUGGGAUGCGAGAGCCCGGGCCCGCCAGCUGGGCGACUUCAACUACUUCUACAGCUACAUGUCGCAGCCGAAGUCCCAGCUCGAGACGUUCAAGGCGUGGGCGGGCAUUGACUCGGAUAUUUCUUACUACCUCAACAGCCACCACGUCGACAUCUGCGACUCGAUGGUCUCACAGCUGGGCUAUGUCCCUGUCAAGGUGUCGGCUUCGGCGUCGAAAGGCGUCGCAACCAGCCUGGGCUGCCACGAAUCUACCGAGGACACGAUCUCGCUCCUGGUACGCUGGCAGAAGAAGGACGACCCGUCCAAGCAGGCAACCGGCGUGUACACUGCGUCGUGGACGGCGCCGCAGAAGGCGGGCGUCCACUCCAACCAGUACUUCCACUACCUGGCCAAGGGGGGCGAGAUCAACAUAAACCAGGCCAAGCGCGGCUACGAGGUGGCCGAGGAUGCGGCCGGGCAGCUGAUGUGGUACAACCCCUUCUACAUGCGGUACGCCCCUGACGAGGACGGCAAUUUCAACGGCCAGAGCGGCUAUGGCUACGUGUCGUUCGAGAAGUUUGUGGACGCCUGCCGAGCUGUCAACGCCGGUGAGCUGAAACCGGCGGACCUGGAUGCCAAGGGACUCCCAACCCUGCGAAACACGAUCGCGACCACGGCCAUACUCGAGGCGGGCCGGCGGAGCAUCGACGAGGACAGGGAAAUCCGGAUUGAGAGCAAGGACGGGGUGUGGAAGCUGGUUUGACGCGCUUCUUCUCUGAAGGGGGAAGAUUACUCUUCAGUAGCGAUUUCAUCUGUCACUUGUUUUGCGAGGAUAACACGUUUCUCUUGGAGGACGCUUCGGAGAGCUUUCCGCACGUUCUUGCUCCUAGCCGAUCCCCUGCCCAUAAUAUAGGGGAGGAGAAUACGAUUCUUGGUCAAGAUCGGCUG